AUGCCACCAAAAGCCCCUCCACCUCCACCUCCACCUAGAGGCAGUGGCAGUCGGAAUGGCUCUAAUACCAGAGCCCCGCCACCUCCUCCGCCUCCUGCAGUGCACAGAAAUGGCUCAUCAAGGCCUAUAGCCAGGCCUCCUCCACCUCCAUCUGCCAGAAUGCCACCUCCUCCAGCGGGAGAUGAGCGUCCUCGCAAAAUGCAAAAGACGUCACUGGCUGCCUCGCCAAAGGAGCAAUUAGAGACCCGGAAAAGGGACUGGCUCCAGCAUCAGAAACUCCGAUUCAGAGACACCACAUCGACCCAGAAGAAGGCAGGCAUAGUGAAACCACAGAAGGCAAGAAUGCCACCAGAGCAUCUACGAAAGAUUAUGCUAGACCACGGCGAUCUUUCAUCGAAGAAGGUUGCAUCAGACAAGAGAUCACACCUUGGUUCUCUCAAGUACAUGCCUCACGCCAUCCUCAAGCUUCUAGAAAAUAUGCCUCAGCCGUGGGAACAGGAGAAGGAGGUUUCUGUGCUCUACCAUAUUACCGGUGCCAUCACCUUUGUGGAUGAAGUUCCACGAGUUAUUGAGCCUGUUUAUACAGCCCAAUGGGCCACAGCAUGGACCAUGAUGAGGCGAGAUAAGCGAGACAGAAGACGUUUCAAAAGAAUGCGGUUCCCGCCAUUUGACGACGAUGAGCCUCCUAUAGACUGGUCGGAAAAUUUAGACGAAGUCACCCUUCCAGACCCCAUUCAGCUCGACACAGACGAAAGCCCAGAUUACGCAGCAAUUGCUGAGCUUCUCUACGACGAGAAACCUUUUGUCGAAGCCUCUGAGGGUGGCUCAAUCAAUGGCGAAUCCUACAAGCAUUGGAACCUCGAUAUUGCCACCAUGGCGAAGCUAUACCGGCUCUCGAUCCCUCUUUUACCGCAUGUCACUGAUCCCAACUAUUACUAUCUUUUCAACAAGGAAGCAUUCUUCACAGCUAAGAGCUUGAACGUUGUCGUUCCCGGAGGACCCAAGUUUGAGCCAUUGUUCAAGGACAAGAUCAACAACAAGGAGCUUGAAGAUUAUACCGAGUUCAACGCAAUCGACAGGAUCAUCUUCAGAGUACCCAUCAAGACGGAAUACAAGGUCGCUUACCCUUACCUUCACAACUCCUUCGUCAAAGAUGUGGAAGUGCCUUGGUACCACGACAAUAUCCGUACAGUCCCACAGGACGAUUAUGAUAAAGACGGACCAGCCUUUUUCUUUUCCCAAGACUACAACCCAAUCGAGCCGCAUAAAUUCUCAGUGAAGAAGGCAGAAGAAAGUUUUCUCGAUUUUGAUCUCGAUGAAAUUCAGUUGCCCGAUGGUUUUGCUCCAUACAUGACGACCACAGAGGAAGACGGCAUUGAUGUCAAUUUGCCUCUUGAGCCAGAACAUACAGCUGAUGCGCUUCAACUUUGGUGGGCUCCCUUCCCCUUCAAUCGUCGUUCGACUUCCACAGUCAGAGCCCAAGAUGUUGCUCUCGUGAAAUCGUGGUACAGGGAGAGGCCUCCUCGCGAUGUCCCAGUGAAGACACGAGUCUCGUAUCAGAAGCUCUUGAAGGGCUACGUUCACAACGAGCUCAAGAACCCUCCUGGCCUGAAAACUGGGAAGGCAAACCAAAGAAAGGUUAGUCUUCUCAAAAGCUUGAAAGAAACAAAGUACUUUCAACAAACAUCGAUUGAUUGGGUAGAAGCUGGUCUUCAACUUUGCAGGCAAGGUCACAAUAUGCUCAACUUGCUCCUUCACAAACGUGGUCUCACGUACCUUCAUCUUGAUUACAACUUCAACCUCAAACCCACGAAGACCUUGACAACGAAAGAGAGGAAGAAGUCAAGAUUUGGACAUGCAUUUCAUCUCAUCAGAGAACUUCUCAGAAUUGUCAAGAUUCUUGUGGACUCGCAUGUACAGUUCCGCUUGGGUCAAGUUGACGCUUAUCAGUUGGCUGAUGGUAUCUACUAUACCUUGAAUCAUAUUGGGCAACUUACCGGUAUCUACCGUUACAAGUACAAGAGAUGGCUUGGUAAUUUGCUCGCACGUCAAUUCGAAGGUAGACGCAGUAAUGAUGUCGUCAAGACCGUCACUAAACAAAGAAUUGACUCAUACUAUGAUUUGGAAUUAAGAGCUCAAGUCAUGCACGACAUUUUGGAUAUGAUUCCUGAGGGUUUGAAACAAAACAAGUCAGCCUUGAUUUUGCAGCAUUUGAGUGAAGCAUGGAGGUGUUGGAAAGCCAAUAUCCCUUGGAAGGUUCCAGGUUUGCCAGAGCCUAUCGAAAAGAUUAUAGAGCAUUACAUCAAGGCCAAAGCAGAUGGAUGGAUAUCGAUUGCUCACUACAACCGUGACCGUAUUACACGUGGCGCUACGGUUGAAAAAUCCAUGGUAAAAAAGAAUCUUGGACGUCUUACAAGACUUUGGAUUAAGGAUGAACAGACAAGACAGAGCGACUUUUCUAAGGAUGGUCCUUACGUCACACCGGAUCAAGCUGUGAUCAUCUUUCAAACCAUGGUUCAGUGGCUCGAGAGUAGAAAGUUCAACCCUAUCCCAUUUCCUCCUAUAUCAUACAAGCAUGAUACCAAAUUGUUGGUCCUCGCCUUGGAGAAUCUCAAAGAAAAUUUCAAUGCAAAUGCCAGGUUGAACUCAUCCCAACGUGAAGAACUCGCCCUCAUUGAACAGGCGUACGAUAAUCCCAAUGAGUGUUUGGCCAGAAUCAAAAAGUACCUUUUGACACAAAGAAUCUUUAAGGAAGUUGGUCUCGAGUUGGUGGACCAUUACGAUCAUUUGUCCCCUGUCUACACCAUCGAUCCUUUGGAAAAGAUCACUGACGCAUACCUUGAUCAAUACUUGUGGUAUGAGGCGGACAAGAGAAUGCUUUUCCCCAACUGGGUGAAGCCUUCUGACGAUGAAAUUCCCCCCUUGCUCGUUUACAAAUGGUGUCAGGGCUUGAACAACCUCGAGAAUGUUUGGGAUACUUCGCACGGUGAAAGCAAUGUGAUCUUGGAAACAACUUUGAAUAAGGUUGCCGAGAAAAUUGACUUCACUCUUCUCAACAGACUUCUUCGACUCAUUGUGGAUCCCAACAUCGCAGACUACAUUACAUCCAAGAACAAUGUUGCCUUAUCAUACAAAGAUAUGAAUCAUGUCAACCAAUAUGGUUUGAUAAGGGGUUUACACUUUUCAUCCUUCAUUUUCCAAUACUAUUGCUUGGCCAUUGAUCUUUUGAUUCUUGGAUUGGAUAGAGCGACGGAUAUUGCUGGACCUGUGCAACUGCCUAAUAGCUUCCUCAAUUUCAAAGACUCCGAGACCGAGAAAGCGAACCCUAUCAGACUUUACUGCAGAUACAUGGACAAAAUUCACAUAUUUUUCCGGUUUGAAAGAGAGGAUGCUGAUGCCUUGGUUUCGGACUUCCUCCUAGAUAACCCCGAUCCAAAUACCAGCAACCUCAUUGGCUACAAUACCCACAAAUGUUGGCCAAAAGACUCCAGGAUGCGCCUCAUGCGCCCUGAUGUCAACCUAGGAAAGGCAGUUUUCUGGGAGGUGUCGAGCAGAAUUCCAACCUCGAUUACCACAUUAGAGUGGAAGGACUCCUUUGCUUCUGUUUACUCGCCAGAGAAUCCAAACUUACUUUUCACGAUGUGUGGUUUCGAGGUGCGUAUCUUGCCAAAGAGUCGUAUGACGGAGGAUCUGUCAUCUCAAGAAGGUGUCUGGGAUCUUGUUAAUCAAACCAACAAGGAGCGUACCGCUAAGGCUUUCCUCAAAGUAUCUCAGAAAGAAGUGGAACGCUUUCAGAACAGGAUAAGACAGAUUUUGAUGUCCUCGGGCUCAGCUACUUUUACGAAGGUGGGAGCAAAAUGGAACACAGCAUUGAUUUCACUUUUUGCAUACUUUCGUGAGGCAACUGUGGCCACGGAAUCUUUACUAGACGUCCUUGUGAAAUGCGAGACCAAGAUUCAAAAUAGAGUUAAGAUGGGUUUGAACUCGAAGAUGCCGUCGAGAUUUCCCCCUGCCGUUUUCUAUACUCCUAAGGAGUUGGGUGGUCUUGGAAUGUUAAGUGCCUCGCAUAUUUUGAUUCCAGCUUCGGAUCUCAAGUGGUCAAAGCAAACAGAUACGGGUAUUACACACUUCCGUGCUGGUAUGAACCAUCAGGAGGAGAGAAUGAUACCCACAAUAUUCAGGUACAUGACAACUUGGGAGAAUGAAUUUUUGGACUCUCAGAGAGUUUGGGCAGAAUAUGCAAUCAAACGGCAAGAAGCUGUGGAACAAAACCGUCGUAUCACAUUCGAAGACAUGGAGUCAAGUUGGGACCGCGGUUUACCGAGAAUCAGUACACUUUUCCAAAAAGACCGUCAAACUCUUGCUUACGACAAGGGCCAUAGAGCAAGGAGAGAAUUUAAGUCGUUUGCUUUGAGCCGUGGCAAUCCAUUCUGGUGGACGAAUAGUCAUCAUGAUGGUAAAUUGUGGAACCUUGCAGCUUACAGAACUGAUGUGAUACAAGCUCUCGGUGGUAUUGACACCAUCCUUGAGCACACUCUUUUCAAGGGAACAGGUUUCGACUCGUGGGAGGGCUUGUUCUGGGAGAAGGCCUCUGGCUUCGAGGAUUCGUUGAAAUUCAAAAAGUUGACAAAUGCUCAGCGCUCUGGUUUAAGUCAGAUUCCUAACCGUCGUUUUACCCUUUGGUGGUCGCCUACUAUUAACAGAGCUAAUGUUUAUGUUGGUUUCUUGGUGCAACUCGACUUGACUGGUAUAUUCCUCCAUGGUAAGAUUCCAACGUUAAAAAUCUCGCUCAUUCAGAUCUUCAGAGCUCACUUGUGGCAGAAGAUUCAUGAAAGUUUGGUUCAAGACAUUUGUCAGGUCUUAGACAAGGAGCUAGAAGUAUUGCAUGUGGAUUCUGUUGAAAAGCAGGCUGUUCACCCUAGAAAGUCGUACAAGAUGAAUUCUUCAAGCGCUGAUAUCGUGUUAACCAGUACUUAUAAGUGGAAUGUCUCCAGGCCCUCACUCUUACACGACAAGGCCGACUCGUUUGAUAGUGCUACCGCCACGAAGUAUUGGGUUGAUGUUCAAUUGAGAUACGGUGACUACGAUUCGCAUGACAUUUCCAGAUAUACUAGAGCAAAGUUUUUGGACUACACAACCGACAGUACAAGCACUUACCCGUCACCAACUGGAGCCAUGGUUGGAGUGGAUCUUGCCUACAAUGUGUAUGACAUUUAUGGUAACUGGUUUAGCGGUCUCAAGCCAUUGAUGCAGAAUGCUAUGAAAGAGAUUAUGAAAGCCAACCCAGCCCUUUAUGUUCUCCGUGAGCGUGUCAGAAAGGGCCUUCAAUUGUACCAGUCUCAACCUCAGGUUGCCUUGUUAAAUUCCUCGAACUAUGCUGAGUUGUUCAACAAUGAGACACAGCUUUUCAUUGAUGACACGAAUGUUUACCGAGUUACUGUUCACAGAACAACCGAGGGGAACCUCACCACCAAGCCUGUGAAUGGUGCUGUCUUCAUUCUCAACCCAAAAACAGGACAGUUGUUCCUCAAGAUCAUUCAUGUAUCUGUGUGGGCUGGUCAAAAGCGUCUCGGACAGUUGGCAAAAUGGAAGACGGCAGAGGAGGUUGCCGCUUUGGUCAGAUCUUUGCCUCGUGAAGAGCAGCCAAAGCAGUUGAUCGCAACAAGAAAAGGAAUGCUUGAUCCUCUCGAGGUCCACAUGUUAGAUCAUCCAAACAUUAGCAUCAGGUCUUCUGAGCUCCAUCUUCCAUUCGCAGCAGCUCUUAAAAUCGACAAAUUGUCUGAUGUGGUCAUGAAGGCCACCGAACCACAGAUGGUUUUGUUCAACUUCUAUGACAACUGGCUCGAGAGUAUAUCUUCAUACACCGCUUUCUCGCGUACUAUAUUGAUAUUGCGUGCAAUGGGGAUCAGCCCAGAAAGGACAAAUAUGAUUCUCCGCCCAGAUGCUAGUGUUGUUACUCAGAGCAAUCACAUUUGGCCCACAUUGUCUGAUGAGCAGUGGAUUGACGUCGAGACACAAUUGAGAGACUUGAUCUUGAAUGACUUUGCCAAGAAGAAUAAUGUGAAUGUUCAAUCAUUGACUCAGUCGGAGGUUAGAGACUUGAUUUUGGGUCAGGAGGUCAAGGCUCCUUCAGCCAAGAGACAACAGAUUGCAGAUGUCGAGAACCCUACGAAGGAAGAUCCAGAUGCUGCAAAUGCUAAUCAGCAGCUCACAGCUUUGAAGACCAAAAGUCAAAACGUUCAUGGCGAGGAGAUCACAACAAUCACUACGACAAACUACGAGCAACUGGCAUUUAGCUCCAAGAAUGAAUGGCAGAAUAGAGCAAUUGCUGCUUCUAAUUUACAUCUGAGAACCAAGAACAUCUAUGUCACCUCGGAAGACUUUGAGGACGAUGAUAGUUUCACCUAUAUCAUGCCAAAGAAUCUUCUCAAGAAGUUUGUUCAAAUAUCGGACACAAGAACUCAGAUUGGUGGUUUUGUCUACGGAACCUCGCCAGCUGAUAAUGAGGAGAUCAAGGAGGUCAAAGCAAUCGUAAUGGUUCCUCAACUUGGCAAUUCUCAUUCCAUUCAAUUUCCUAAUAAGCUUAUCGAGAAUAAUCAGCAUGAAUACCUCAAAGAUCUCGAACUACUUGGCUGGAUUCAUACGCAAAACCACGAUCUUGGCAUGUUGAGCCCCGUUGAUGUGACAACCAUUGCAGGAUUUAAUAAUAAGAAUGAGACAGUGUGGAAUAGGAACAUGGUUACCUUGACCGUUGCACUUACUCCUGGCUCUGUCACGCUAACCGCCUUUGGACUCAACAAGAGUGGUUAUGACUGGGGAAGUUCGAAUAAGGACAUGAUUUCCAAUGCACCCGCUGGUUUCAGUCCAUCAUUCAGCGAAAAGAAGCAGCUCAUUAUGUCUGAUAGAAUUGUGGGCACGUUUUUGGUUCCCGAUGACAAAAUUUGGAACUACGCAUUUAUCGGCCCCGUUUGGGAUCCAAACGGCCUCUUUGAUUUGGUUGUGGAUUUGCCCUUGCCAUUCUAUCACGAAUCACAUCGCCCUCUUCAUUUCAGUCUCUUCAAUGAGAUUGAAGGAAAUGAACUUGAGGCUACUCAGGAAGACAACUUUUCUUGA